AACUAUCAUUGAAAAGUGAAGAUACUUUUAAUCAAAGUAUCUAAUAGAAGAGUCAGAAGAAGUUCAGAAAAGACGUUUUCUUUUUAAUUUUGUCCUUUUAACAAAGAUCAUAUAUACCAAAGCAUCAUCUCAUCGAUUUCUUAGGUUAAUGUUAGGCUAAUGUAAUUGAUAGCUUUUUUUUAUUUCUUAAGUUUGAGGGAAAUAAAGGAUGAUAAGCCAUUAUUAUAAUAAUCCUAAGCGUUCAUGAAGUUGCUCAUGUAAAUGAUUAAAUGAAACAAAAAUUGAUAAGUUAAUGCAAUGUCAUGUGUUGAGCAUGUGAAAAUUUUAAAAGUAAGGACAAAUAUUUUAAAAACACUAUGAAGAAUAAAAUCUGCAUGAGAAAUAAAAACCUUGAGAAGUAUGUAGGGCCAUAGAAGUCUCAAAUGCUAAAAACUAUUUUAUAAACUGGAAGACAAAUAAGCAUUUGAUCAGUGAAAAAGAAAACUUAUAUGAACAUAUAUGAACUCUUGUAAUGAAUGCGUGUAGAUUAAGACUAAAACCAACAGACUGAAAGUUUUUGUCUGAAUCUUCUAUUGAAAAUAUAUCUUUUAAAAAAAAAUGUCUUAUUAAUAUUUUAAAAAUGUCUCUAUGUUUCUCUUAAUGGUCAUAAAAGUUUAGAAUAACAAUAACUAUAAAAGUGAUGUAAUGCCAAAACCAAAAAAGAAAACGAUAAGUAUUUAAACAAAUCUUAAAUUCUGACUCGUUUACAUUAUGGCGUCAAAAAAUACUAAAAGAACGCGUCUAGAAUUGCAGAUGAAUUCUUAUCAGUAAAUAAAUAAAAUUACACAGAAAAGAAGAAUUUUUCCACUUUUUUAUCUUCUUCAAACAGAGUACGAUUUCGAAUGAGAAGUCUUUUAUGCCAUCGAAAUGGCUGCUACGAGUCGAGAGAAGUCGAAAAGUAUUCCACAAUUUUUCGUAAAUGCUCCAUGGUAUCUUUAAAAGAAUCAAUUUUUCGUCGCUUGGAAAAUUCCUUUUUUGAGAAAUGUAGCCCUGGACUAAGAAGGAUUGCUCCAAAAAAUAUUUAUUAUCUUCAUUCAGCAGUCAUGCAAUAAUCUCUUUCUUCAAUGGCGCUUAUUUUUGUAAACUCUGGAUGAAUCUCAGUAAAAAGAUAUUAAAUAAUAUUGAAAAGCGAAUGAUGUAACUGUAACUGUAUAGUUCUUAAAAAUGGAUACAUUUCAAUGGAAAGUAAACGAAACUCAUAGCUUUCCAGAAUACGAGCUUCUCACGAAUUAUUCGUCAGCGUCUGUUGAAGAGUUGGAAUGCUUGCUUCGGUUUUAUAACCACACAUAUCCAGAUGAAGAUGAUUACUGCAAUACAACAUGGGAUGGACUGUCUUGUUGGCCUCCCACUAAAGCUGGAACAUCAGUUAUUAUAAAAUGUAUGGAAUAUUUAAACAGGGUACCAUAUGACACUACACAAAAUGCAACUCGUGAAUGCCACUCAAAUGGAACAUGGGCUUCGCGAUCUGAUUAUUCACAUUGUCAUCCUCUUGUUCAAAGGGACGAUACAUUUGAGGGUUUAUGGGAUGUUAAAGAUGCUCACACUAUUUAUUCCAUUGGAUAUGGAUUAUCAUUGAUUGCUCUCGCUAUAGCAUUGUGGAUUUUUCUAUACUUCAGUGACCUUCGUUGUCUGAGAAAUACAAUUCAUACCAACCUCUUGGUCACUUACCUCUUUAUUGACUUAACUUGGAUCAUCACAGCAGCUUUGCAAACAAGUGCUUCACCACAAGCAAAUAAGGUUGCGUGCUAUCUGGUCAUUCUCCUCACAUAUCUUAUGGGGACCAACUUCUUUUGGAUGUUUGUGGAAGGUCUGUAUCUCUACAUUUUGGUCGUUAGGACAUUUUCUGCAGAAACAGUGAGGAUUCAUGUGUACGCCUUGAUUGGUUGGGGCCUUCCAGCAGUUGUAGUAAUACCAUGGGCUAUUGUGAAGUCACAUUUAGGACAUUCAACGAAUGCUCUAGCUGUACAUGGGUGCCCUUGGCAAAAUCGAGACCACUACGACUACAUCUUCAUGCUGCCAGUUAUUUUAGUUUUGCUGAUAAACAUAUAUUUCCUGGGAAGAAUCAUGUGGGUUCUCAUAACAAAACUUAGAGCUGCCAAUACCGUAGAGUCGAGGCAAUACAGGAAAAGACCUAUGUCGUCUAAUUAUCAUAUAACGAAAGCAGCGAAAGCUCUUCUGGUUUUGAUUCCUCUACUUGGCGUCACAUACAUCGUUGUCAUUGCAACACCAGAUCAUAGAACAGCGAGAGUGGUUUUCUCAUACGCUCAAGCGCUUCUCCUUUCAACACAGGGUUUUACAGUUGCGGUGCUAUAUUGUUUCCUCAACGGAGAGGUUCGAAAAUCUGUUCGGCAUCAUCUUGAACAAUGGAGAGAUCGGAGAGGUCUUGGAGGAAGAAGACGCCAAUUACAAAGUGACGGUACAGGCAGCGGAGAUGGAUACAGACUAUACCCCAGUCGAGGUAUCCGUGAUAGAACCAGCUGUGUUAGUCUCUCAACUAGUGGGACAUGGUUAAGUAAUUAUAAAGUAUCCCAGCCCAUAACACAAAAACCAACCAACGGAUCAUACAGUCCAAUACCUGUUAGGGAUGAUGCCAUAUAAGAAAAUAAAAAUAUUUUUUUCUCAAUAUUAAUUACUAAAGAAUAAUUCAGAAACUGAACUUUAUAUUGAGUGCUCAAACAUUUUGCAGAAGUCUUUACGGACAAGUAUUUAUAAGGUAUACAUUAAACACCAGACUAUUUUGCGAGGCAUUUAUAAUACAAAGACAGUUUUCGUAUCUGAUUCAUUAACACAAGACUUUGAAGAAGAUUUUAAUAGCGAUGUUUGGCAGUCCUUUUGAAAUAAAGGAUAAAGAACAAAUUUGUUAUGUGCCAUUUUGUUCAUAUGUGUAACUAGUAAUGAAGUAAUUUGUUUAGUCUUUAUGUACUGUAUGUGUUCUCUUAAAGAAAUACUUGUUAAAUGUAUACUCGAACUAUAAAAUGAUAUGUUGAAGAAAAUUAAAUUCAAUUUCAAAUUAAAUAAAUUUAAAAAUGAUAAAAUUUAUCAAAAACUAAGAUUUUAAAAUUGGAGCUCAAAAAUUAAGGACUAAAACAUAUUUUUAAACACAUUGAAACAAAAAGUUUCAUUCUAUUAUUCGUUAAAAGCUACCAAAAGUAUAAUUUUUGCAUCAUUUUAAUUUUUCAAUAAAACUCAAUUAACAUUGUGAAUGAGAAUAAAUGGAACCUAACAUGAUUCGUAUACCUCGUUUAAUAUAGCAUAAAUUGUAAAGAAAAAUUUAUACUAACCCAUAAUUCUUUUGGCCAUUUUUAAAUACUGCUAUACAACCAAUAAUUUGAUUUAUAUUACAUAUCUUUUAUAUAUAUAUUUAUAUAAAAUAUAUCAUAUAUAUUAUAUAUCCUUUCUGUAAAUGCUACUUUUUCAAAUUGUCUUGAAGCAAAUUUGAAAAAGUAGCAUUUACAGGAAAGAAAAAAAAGCUGGGAAAAAAUUAAAUGGGUGAGGAUACAAUUAAAUAGAAAGAAAAUUUAAUCAAAAUUGAUUAAAAAAUGUAAUAAAUUUAGCUAAAGAUUAUAUACCGUCAUGUGACACCGUGACAAAGAUAUUACCUAAAUCUUAAUAAAAAGUAGGAACUUUAAUUGAAGAGAUAAAAUUAUCACUUUAAGAUCAAGCACCAUUUCUUUAUAAAAGUGUCAUCUCCAUGCUUAAUUAAUAUGGAUCACAUUUUAAUAGCUCUGCAAAAGGUAGAAAAGUAUUAAAAAUGUCAUCACGAUUUAUUUAGUAGGAAUAUUAAUAAUGACAGGUUGAAAGGAUUUUUCAAAAAAGUUUAAAACUUUUCUGAAAAAUUGAUUCUUCAAUCAUUAUAAUGUGUAAAAAAUCUUAAAUAAUUUUUUUUUAAUUUUAACUUUUUAAUAUACCAACAUUUCUACUCUAACUACUACCCUUAAGUCUAACCUCGUAUAACUGGAAUUUUUCAUUAACAAACACUUUCAAAAUAACUAAGAAAAGUAAUCCUAUUUUAAAACUUUCACUAACUAAAAAGAAGAAAACAAAAAAAAAUCACUUAUAUAUUAAAAUUUAAAGAAUAAAAGGCAAACAAUUUGUAGUUAAUUGAGUUUUAUACACACUAUUUAUAAUACAAUCAAAUUAAUAUCUUAUAAAUUACAUUAUCUCAUUUAAAAUUGUUUUACAAACUGAAUAAAGGACGAGAAUUAUGCUACUAAAGCAGGGGUGCCUCACAUCAGACAAGUACAAACAAGAAGAGUAAAGGUUAAAUUUUAUGAAUUUUAAUUGCCAUUAAGCUUCUAAGAUAGGUUUAAUACACAUUCGCCUAAGUGCAAUCAUUAUUAAUGAUUUUUUUUUAUAUAUUUUAUAAAUAUUUUGAAGUUAAUUUUUUUCAAAUAAAUUUCUUUUCAUUUUUUCAAAGGUACAUUAUUUUUCUGAAAUAAUCUUUUUAAAUUUCCUUCCUCAUACAUUGAGCUCAAAAAUUUAAGUUUUGUUAAUUUAAAAGAAGAGUUUAAUAACUGGAUUGGCGUGCAAGAAUUCUUUAAAAAGUAAACUUGAAAAAUAAAAAAAGGUCUUUGAAACAUGCAUUUAAAACAUCUGCCUAAGAUUUUUGUGCAAUUUUAAUCCAUAAGAAGGUAAAUAUUUGUUCACACUUAGGACUGGUUUAACCAUGUAACUAUUUCUAUUCAAUUAAUUUGGUGAUGCCAACAUGCUUCACUUUGUAGGCAAGUUUUUCUAGUAGUACCAAAAUUUAUAUUUAAACAAUAAAUAAUUUGAGCAUAGAUAUGCCUUUAUUUUAUUUUUUUUGCAGUGAAGCUUUUAAUGAGUUAACAAAAUUGAACAAUAUUCUGUACAUUUUAAUUUUUAAUUCUCGACGAAUUUUUAAAAUCUCUUGCAAAAACUAGCAGUCUUGAUAUUUUAAUUUUUUUGCCCUCAAAAAAAAAUUUUUUUUUUUACAAUUUUCUGGUAUGAAAGUUUUUGUUAGUGUACUUUUUAAAAUAUUUUACACACUUAUAAUUUUUUGGCCAACAACUAGAUCAAAUUGGAAUAAAUUUUAGUAUCAGUUGAUUGCUAUUUCAAAGUAUUAGAUAGGUGUUUUGGUCAAUAAAUCACAAUUUUUUUGAUGUAGAAAAUAAGUGUCAAAUUUUUGUAUACUUAUUUGUAACAUAAGAUAUGUGUAUCCUUUGCUAUGUAUGUACUAAUUUUAUUUUCAGCUUCUAAAUAUUCAUGAAUGAGCUUGUCAAAUCUGUUAAAUAAACUGUUUCUGUCA